CGUUGUUCUCCGAUCUAAUCGUGUCGUGAUUGUCCCCGCGGCCCCCCUUCUCUAACCUCGCGGCCGGCACAUCGAGGCCGUUGGUUGCCGCGGCAAGCGGCCCGGAUCCUCCUCCUCCCCGGCCAGCCCAAACACACCGACGCCACCGGCCACCGCACACCCCCAAAAUUUCCCAAAUCCCCGUCACAUGCAGAGCAAGCAUAAACUCCUCAGAUGCGGCGCUGCCGCUGCCCGCUUCCGGCAGAUCGGAGCAGCCUCUCGGCGAGGGCUGCCGCUACCCUUCGCUCGUCCACCAGAUCCCCCCCUCGGUUCCCCGCCGCGCUCAAUUCCGCCACCGCCGCCUCGCGAUCGAUCCGCUCCCGCCCCCAGCCCGGCGCGCGGAUCGGCGGCCGCCGGGCCCCGCGGGGGAGCGGGUCCGCUCGCACGCCGCGAAUGGCCGCGCUCGCCGGCGACGCGCGGCGCGGAUCGUGGAGCUGCCGCUGGCGAGCGGCGGAGCAGGCCAGAGAUUGGGUGAAGGGGCGGAGACGGCGUCCGGCCCGGAGUGCCCCCGGGAGUUGGCGUGAAUUACGGCGCCUGCCAUCGGCCCCCUCGAUCGUGGCCGUUGAUCGGGGGGCUGGUAUUCCCGUAAUUCCCGCGGCGGGCCGGGGGCAGAGACGGUAAAGCGGGCGGGCGGGCCAGGUGUUCUGCGGGUAGGAGGCCAGAGGCUCCACAGAGUUGGCUUCGCCGCGCGUAUGUGAUUCGCGGCGGCGGCCGGAGCUCGGUACAGGCGCCGCUGGGACGACGACGACGACGGCGCCGUGGAUGCCUCCGCCGCCGCCGGAUCGGAGGGACUAUCUGUACAGGGAGGGCCGCAGGCACGACGGCGGCGGCGGGGGCGACCCACUCCUGCCGCCUGCCCCCACGCCGCCCCGCUGGCGGGACUCGCCGUACCACCCGCCGCCGCCGCCGCCCCUGCGGGACCACGCGCGGCCCUCGCCGCGCCGGGCGCCGCCGUCGGCCUCCUCAGGUAGGCCCGCCCCCCGCAAAUCCUCAGAUCUGAGGUGGCCGCCGCCUCGGCGGCCCUCUUCGGCGCCCCUAAUUUCCCCGAACCGCUCUGCUAUUUCAGAAGGUUACUACCGACAGGCCGGCGGCGCGUACGACCGCUCCUACCCUGAUGAGCCGCCGCUCGGCUACACGCCGUCGCGCUCAGACCGGUACUGGACGGAAGACGACGGCGGGGGAUACAAGGGCUUCGGCCGGUAUGGCGGCGGCGGCGGCCGGAGGGACGGCCGUGACAUCAGGGGCUCUUACCGAAGGUCGCCGUUCAGGGGCUAUGGAAGUGACUUCUCCAGGAACCAUCCGGAGCAGCCCCCUCCGCCACCGCCGAGGAGGUCCCCGUUGAGGUCAGUCGCUGUUCCGAUCUGCUAUGACCCUCCAGGCAAUAGAGUUGACAAGGGGGAUAGGGACAACCUCCCACGGGUGACACCAUGGCGGAGGAGGGAGAGCAGAUCUGAGGUUGCGGAUGCUGCUGGGGCUGGACCUGUGUCUGUUGGCCAGACCACUCGGUCGGCGCCCUCAGAGAAGGAGGCUUCAGCUCAGCCUCCAGCUGGGGCAGCUCCUCACGGGGCUGAUGAGGAGGCGCCAAGGAAGAAGGCUCGACUUGGAUGGGGGCAAGGUUUGGCCAAGUAUGAGAAGCAGAAGGUGCAAGGCCCUGCAGAUCUUGCUGAAGCUGUUGCUGAUGGGAGCCCAGCUGAUUCUGAACAGAAGGCUGCUUUUCCUGUGCCUCCGCCUCCGCCUGAGCCGCCUGCUGCGCCUGCUCCUCUGCCUGAGCCGCCUGCUGCGCCUGCUCCUCCGCCUGAGCCGCCUGCUGCACCGGCGCCUCCACCUCCGCCUGCACCUCCUGCUGCGCCUGCACCUCCUGCUACUCCUGCACCUGAGCCUCUUGCGCCCGUGCAACCUGCUGCACCUGUGCCUGCUGCUGUGUACGUGCCUGCCCCUGUAUCUGCACCUUCACCUGCGCGCUGCCCAUCUCCAGUUGAUGCACCAUCAUCUGCAGCACCAUUUUGUACCUCAGCGCCUGAAGAUAAAUCAUAUGAACAGAUGGCACAUAUGGCCAUACACCCUACUAAAGAUGUACCUGAAGCUGGUGAUAAAACUUUCAACACUGAGUUCUCCAUUAAGUUUGAUCAGCUGGGUAGUGAUCCUAUUAAUUCCCUUGCAAACAUGCUUGCUGACCUUCUCCAACAUGAUGAUUCUUGCUCUGGGGAUUCAAAAGGGCCAACCAAUGCAAGUAAGCUGCUGCUACUGAAGGAAAGCAUUUCCAAGGAGAUUGAAAAGACUGAACUCGAGAUUGAUUUGUUGGAAGGUGAACUUAAAUCUGUGAGUACUAAGGCUGGAACAGCUGUUGAGGGUUCUCCCACAGGUGUCACAUAUGCAGAAAUUCUUUCACCUUCUAGUGGGACAUCAAAGGUCCCUGUAUGUGUGGAGAUCUCUGAAACAUCUCAUGUGAUGAAAGAACCAGUGGAGCUCAUCAGUUCUCCUAAGCCACCUGUGGUGCAGGAUGCUAAUGCCAAAGGUUCUGAUAUGAUGGAAAUUGAGAAUGCUCCAGUUCGUAAUGCGAAAACAGUUUCUUCAGAAGAGAGUGCUGUAUCUCCUGUAGUUGCAGAGGGUCCGGCUUGUGCAGCUGCUGAUCUUAGCCCAUUGAAAGCUUCUGAAGGAGCUGGGUCUCAAAUUGAUAUGGACAAUGACAGGCUGGAAACUUCUCCAUGCCAUGAUAAUGCUGAUUCCAUCAAAACAGAAGUUAGUGAUGACCCACCAGUGAGGCAAUGCUCACACCAUGAUCAUAAGUAUAGUUUGACAUCUGCCAAUAAUAAUAUAGCAAAAGUAACGAAUGAAUCGUUAUUUAAAUUGUUGCCUGCUGAUACACUUUGCCUUGAUUUAUUGGCAUCAAGUCAUCUUCUGAGCCAAAGGAAGAAUGACCAUCAUAUCAAAGAGAGGCUUGGAGUAUGUAAAAAUAGGCUGAGAUUGAAAGAGCAGAUUCUUACCUUAAAGUUCAAGGCAUAUCGUCACUUGUGGAAAGAGGAUCUGCGACUACUUUCUGCAAAGAAACAACGCUCCAAGUCUAACAAGCGCAUUGAUCAGAGCAACCGGGCAUCACAUAUUGGAUCUCAGAGGCAACGAUCCUCCAACCGUUCACGAUUGGCCAUGCCUGCUGGUAAUUUAAGUACAUUCUCAACUCCAGAAAUGUCAGAUGUUGCAAGCAAGUUGUUUUCAGAAUUUCAGAUUAAGCGCUGCAGAAACUACCUGAAAAUGCCAGCACUUAUUAUAGAUGAGAGAGAGAAAGAAUGCUUGAGGUUUGUCAGCAAGAAUAGCUUGGUUGAUGAUCCUGUUUUAGUCGAGAAGGAGCGGGUAAUGAUAAAUCCAUGGACACAAGAAGAAAAGGAAAUAUUUAUGGAGAUGCUUGCUAAAUUUGGCAAGGAUUUCUCCAAAAUCUCCAGUUUCCUUAUGCACAAAACUACUGCUGAUUGUGUGGAGUUCUACUACAAGCAUCAUAAAUCAGACAGUUUCCGAGAAGUCAAGAAACUUUUGGACCUUCGUCAGCAGCAACCCACUGGCAAUUUUCUAGGAGCAAAAUCUGGAAAGAAAUGGAAUCCUGAGGCAAAUGCUGCUAGUCUUGAUAUGCUUGGAGUAGCAUCAGUAGUAGCAGCCCAUGGCCUUGAAUAUGCAAACAGAGUGGAGAAAGUCUCUGCGAAAUCCCUCAUCCGGACUGCAUAUGGGUCCAGUAUUUCUUUUGCAGCCAAAAAAUCUUCUGACAGGGAAGGCAUUGAUAGUGUACCUUUGAACGAGAGAGAAUCUGUUGCUGCUGAUGUAUUAGCAGGCAUAUGUGGCACUCUCUCUCCUGAGGGAAUGGGCUCAUGCAUCACUAGUUCUGCUGAUCUUGGUCAGAAGAUUGGCAUGACGAGAAUGGAGCAUAUCUUAGCCUCUGAAUUUGACAGAAGCAUUGAUGAGGAAGAUACACUCUCAGAUCAAGAGUGUGAAGUUGAUCCAGUUGAUUGGAAUGAUGAUGAGAAGUCAAUUUUCAUUGAGGCUAUGAACAACUACGGAAAGGACUUUGCUCGGAUUUCAUCAUGUGUGAAAAGCAAGUCCUAUGAGCAGUGCAAAGUAUUCUUCAGCAAGGCUCGGAAAUCACUUGGUUUGGAUUUGAUCCAUCGAGGAGCAGCUGAUGUUAGUAUGCCAACUAGUGAUACAAAUGGAGGGAGGAGUGAUACUGAUGAGGCAUGCGCUGCUGAAAUGGAUUCAGCUAUCUGUAGCACGCAGUCAUGUUCAAAAAUUGAGAUGGAUGUAUGCCCUACUGAAAAAGGCAUUGGAGGUAUAAUCACUAAGCAGCCAGAACUUAAUCCAUCAAAUGGGUUUGAUGCUGUGAAUGGUAAAACUGGGGAAGAUGAGAAAAAGGCUGAUAAAAAUUGCGGUAUUGUUGAUCAUGAAAGGUUCGAUGAAGGUACUCAUCAAGCAGCAUGUGGUCCUAUUGACAUUAAUUGUCCAGAAAGCACAGAGAAGCUGCAUGGAAAAGAUGAUGCCGUUGACCAAGUAAAUAUGCACAACAAUAGUGCCAUCAGCUCCUCAACUGAUCAAGCAAUGGCAGUGCAGUCAGAAGUCGGAUCCUGUUUACAUUCUAUUGAGGUACUUCAUCAAACAAGCAAAGCCCCUUCAGGGAGUGGCACUGAUGCUUCCGGGAUGGAAGAAUGUUCAAACCAUGCUCUUGAUAAUAAGCUAUUGAAAGCUGGAAAUUCUGGUGCCUCAUCUUGCAUAGCUUCAGAUACCUGUGACAAUGUUCAAUUUGCAAACAUGACUGGUGCUUCCACCAUUAGUCCUACAUUUGCUUCAAGUUAUAAGCAUUCUGUGCCAGCAGAUAUGGCCCCGACAAAACCAAAGCCACUGGUUGCUCCCCUUACCCCAAAGGAUUUAAUGCCUGUGCAGUUCAGUUCUGCAGUUCCUGAUCCUACUGUAAUUCGUUUUGAUGGCAUAGCUUCAAUAACUAUGCCCAAUUUUGAGGACAGUGGUAGCAGAGUCAGCAGUGCUUUAGGGCCCAAAGAUAUGAGCAAGUACCCAGCUUUUAAAGACCCAACCGGUAAUCAGCAUGACACAUUGUUUCGUAAUGUUGAUGGUUUCACGAAUCAUCUGACAACUGAAUUACCAAUUUUUUCUGAAAGAACUGCAAGUGGCACUGCGAGUACUUCUCAGACUGAUCGGUUCACUCUAACAAAAUUCCAGAAUGGCAAGUCCAGCAGUUUGGGCCUUCCAAACACUUCUGAUGGGAUUCAAUGGGCCAGAAAACACGAAGAAGUAUUGCAAGGCUCUCUGAGGUCAUGCUCUCAAAAUACAAGUUCUGAGGGUGAUGAGCAACAAAAGCGGCCUGGUGAUGUCAAGUUAUUUGGGAAGAUUCUCAAUCAUCAAUCGUACUUGCAAAGUUCUGUCCCAUCAUGUAACGGUAACAAGAGCAAGCCUCCCUCGCCAAAGGUUGACAUGUCAUCUGUGAGAUUGUCGAACAAUCCAAGGGAUCGUGUGGUUUGUUCUUCCAGGCCUGGCGUCACUCAUUUGGGUCUGGAGGAAAGAACAGCUAGGAGCUAUGGCCAUUUGGAUGUAAGCACAACACAGCCAGAGCCACUGCUCAUGAUGGCGAAGUGCCAGAGCUUAGCUGGUGUACCGUUUUACUCGGCUAAAAAUGGUGCCGUUGGUGUGUUCUCAGAUUAUCAACAGCCUUCGAUUCAGCCGCAUCAAUCAGAUCCGAAACGGCUGGAAAGGUUUUCUGAUCCACAGAAGCGCAACGGGAUGGAACUCAUCUCGGGUUUCCAGCAGCCUGGUAAAAUCUCACGGUUUGGGGGUGCUGGUAUCCUUGUAAGCGGCGUCUCAGACCCUGUGGCUGCUCUCAAGGCUCAGUAUGGUCCCAGUUCUAAGGUUAUGGGCAAUGACGUGGAUCCUUGGAAGGACAUAGGAAGCAGCUCCAUACCCUUUGCUAGCUUGACCUGUCAACAGUGGCACAGUGCUGUAGGUUCGCUAGAGGUCUGUCCACAGGCUGACUAUAUAUGUCUGUCCGGUAGGGUUUUGUUUUGUCAGUUUAUGCAGAGACCUCACAUCAUUGUAAUAUGGUAAUGCCUAACUCGGUACUGCUAGUCUGAUGGAGUUUUGGUUGAAAUUGUGCCUUGGCCUAGUGGCCGAUGUCUC